AUGUCAGCAGACCGUCCUUCAACGCCUCCCCGGCAGAAUGCUGCCGAGCCUGGACAGCUUCCUCGCGGACCGUUGACGCCUGAACAGAAGCGAAAGAUUGAAGUGAAUCGCAUGAAAGCCAAGGCCCUUCGGGAGCAACGUGAAGCCGAACUAGCUGCGAGUGCUCGCGCAGCAGGAACAUCCCCGAAUACUUCUCAACCCGCCCAAGGACUCAAGCGUUCUCACGCCUCGAUGGUCGCGACCAAGUCGACUCCUGCCACCGUACGAGAUGCCCGUACAAAUGCAUCUUCCCGCCCGCUUGACGAGAUCAAGCCCGCGCGCAACUUUACUAGAUAUGUCGAGUACGAUUUCAGCAAAAUGACGGAUACCAAGGGUGGUUUCUUGACACAGGAGGACGAUCCAUUCAACAAGGCACUUCAUGUGUCCGAUGAAAAGGAGGCUCAGAAACCUGCCAACAUGACACAAAAGGAAUGGGAGCGCCAUCAAUUACUUCAAUCUCUCCGACGGAACCGCGAGGGGCCUUUCGAGCCGGGAUUGAGUGUUUUGGAUGAUAAAAGCAAGCAAAAGACUUGCCGCGAAUGCGGCAGUUUGGAGAUUGACUGGAAGUGGGAAGAGCAGCUUCGAUGUCAGAUCUGCCACUCCUGCAAGGACAAGUAUCCCGAGAAAUACAGUCUUCUCACCAAGACGGAGGCGCGAGAGGAUUAUCUUCUCACAGAUCCCGAACUCCGCGACGAAGAGCUACUUCCUCAUCUUGAAAAGCCCAACCCCCACAAGUCGACCUGGAACAGCAUGAUGUUGUAUCUCCGCUACCAAGUGGAAGAAUAUGCGUUUUCAGACAAGAAGUGGGGGUCUCCCGAGGCAUUGGAUGCCGAGUUUGAACGUCGUGAAACCGAUAAGAAGCGGCGUCGCGAAACGAAAUUCAAAACGAAGCUGCAGGAUUUGAAGAAGCGUACUCGGGUGGAAGCCUACCGACGCAAUCGGCAAGGUGCUGCAGGUGGUGACUUCGGCGACGACCUGAGUACCAAUCGAAAACAUGUCCAUCAAUGGGGUCGAACGGUAGAUAACCCAGAGACGGGCAUCGGGGUGAAGACGUGUGUGGACUGUGGUAUGGAGGUGGAAGAACUGGAGUUUUAA